CUCCUCUCGUUGGUUGGCGCGGGACCGUCGCACACCCGGCGCGGGAGGCGGAGCGGCAGCCAGAGGGCGGCGCGGUGGGCUGAUUUGGGUCUCUCGCUCGCCGCUGCGCCGGGGUCGCGCAGCUCAGCGGUCUCUGAGUGCUUGCGCCGUCGCUCUUUCCGGGCCGGGUUCCGAGGACGGCGCCUCCCCGAGCGCAGGGCCCUGCGCCCCUCUCCCCCAGGCCCUGCGCCGACUUGGGUUCCAGGACGCCAGAGCUAACGCCCACCCAGUCCAGGCCCCGCACCGUCUUUUCCCGGCGGAUAUAGGUUCUUCUUCCCCAACGUUGUGUCCAGUGGCCUCAGGGCUCCUGCGAGUUUCGGAUGAGCCCAUAACAAUAUUUAGAAAUGGGGUUCUGGAACCUGGGAAUUCUGGAGAGACACCCCUAGGGCCCCUUGUCGCCGGCUUCUACGUUCUUCUCCAAAGUUGAGGAUCCCUUUCCCAUUCCCUCAAACUCACUACCGCCCGAGGUGUCAUGGCCCCCAGGCCAGGGCGCGAGUGGAGCUCCGCCCUGUCCCACCUGGCGCUGGGAUCAGUGUCUCUGCAUGCAGCCCUGAGCACUGCCCAGGCAAAUCGAGGGGCCGCUGCUGGCUUCCUGCUCCAGGCCCUGGCUGCUGCCACCAUGCUGGCCCCAGGGCUGGGCACAGAUGAAGACUGUCUUGCUGGAGCCUGGGUGGCCACUGUCAUUGGCCUGCCUCUCCUGGCCUUCGAUUUCCACUGGGUGAAUGGGGACUGCUCUUCCGCCAACCUGCUCCUGGGAGGAGGCAUGGUGCUGGCAGUGGCUGGUGAGCACCUUGGUGCUGAGGGCCGCUCUGUGGCUGGGCAGGCAGUGGUGCUGGUGGUCGCAGUGACCAUCCUCAUUGUGGCUGUUUUCACGACCAACACUUAUGGAAUGUGGGGGGGGGUGAUGCUCGGCGCCGCAGGCCUCCUGAGCCGGUUGGAGGAGGACAGACUGCUGCUGCUGCCGAAGGAGGACGUCUGUCGCUGGGCCCUGGCCGGAGGCAGCUGGGCCUACCACCGGGCCCUGCACACACAGCGCCUGCAGUGGGGGUGAUGGUUGGGGACGGCAAGGCGAGGCUUCUGCCCUGGCUAUCACCUUCCCCUCAUAGGCCUGCUCCUAGGGCCUCCUCCUCUAGGGAGAGACUCUCCUUCCACCGAAGCCAGCUUGCGGCAGAGUGACUGGUCAGGGGGCAGAGUCUGGGCACUAUCUCCUUCUCUAGCGCAGUGUGAAGACUUGCCUAGACCAAAAUGAGGGGGACUGGGUCCCGGGCAUGUUUUGGGGCCUGAUUCUGGGCAGGCCAUAGUUGUGGAUCCAGAGAGAGGCUUGGUCUCCAAUAAACCUUAGGGAUUUAGCAGGAA